AUUCAUUCCAACCAAAAGCAAAAAAAAAAAAUACAAAUAACCGCCACCAUGGAAAUCGAAAAUAUCUCACAAAUGCUACAAAAUAGUCGCACAUUUGCUAAAAAUGAUGCGAUUAUUAUUGAACCACGAUAUACGCUUUCGGAUUUAUAUCCAAUUGCAAGACUAUCACAGAAAAUGGACAGUGUAUUGAAUGUAUCCGCCACCCCAGCUGUGACCAAGGCCAAGACAGAUGAUUGCCCAUACACCGUGGAAUAUGUGACUGAAGAAGAUUCAGAAGCACUUUUGGAUAUGCUGAAAACAUUUUUCUUUAAGGAUGAACCCCUUAACACCUACCUUAACUUGGGCGAAUGCAAGGAGCUCGAGGAAUACUCCCUGAAAUGCAUCAAGGACGGCUGCUCCUUCAAGGCUGUGGCUAAGAAUGGUGAAAUAAUUGGUGUGUUCCUUAAUGCCCUUAUGCACCGCCCUGCCCCUGAUGCGGUACCCGAGGCCUCUGCAGAUGCCUGUGAACAUCCUAAAUUUAAGAAAAUUCUCCAACUGAUGGAUUUCAUUGAGGGUGAUUUCAAUGUUUUCGAUUUGUAUCCCGGCACCAAUACCAUUUUGGAUGGUAAGAUUCUGUCGGUAAAUACCAAUUAUCGUGGUCUGGGUAUUGCUGGCCGUCUUACCGAACGAACAUUGGAUUAUAUGCGUGAACAUAAUAUCCCUGUGAUGCAUGUCUUGUGUUCUAGUCACUACUCGGCUAGAGUUAUGGAAAAAUUGGGUUUCCAUGAGGUGUAUCGCUUAAAUUAUUCCGACUAUAAGGUCAAUAAUGAGGUUGUAUUGAAACCAGAACCACCUCAUGUUGCUGCCAGGAUUUUGGUCAAGGAGAUUGCGGAUGUGGUGAAAACAAAACUAUAA